AUGGCACCAGAAAAGCAAGAGAAAACAGUUUCGUCUACAAAUAAGCUCACUGCAGCGAGUUUUCGUGAGCUUUUGGAACGUCUAGCACUCGCAGACGGUGCUGGAGAAGAAGAGGAAAGUGUUAUUCCCAAAAAGUUCGAGGAGUACAAGUUUUGGAAAACUCAACCAGUUCCUAAGUUUGAUGACGAGAAUGAUGUUGAGGGACCGAUUGAUCCAAACACAAACAUUUCCGCCGUUCCUACGGAACCAUUGCGCAUGUUGAAAGAUUUUGAAUGGGUUACGUUGGACGUUUGCGAUGAGAAGCAGUUAACGGAAAUUUAUUCGCUGUUAACGGAGAAUUACGUGGAAGAUUCUUCCUCCAUGCUUCGUUUUGACUAUUCUGCAAAGUUUUUACAAUGGGCUCUUAUGCCUCCUGGUUAUGUCAAGGAUUGGCACGUCGGUGUUCGUGUCAAGUCGUCUGGAAAACUUGUCGCUUUCAUUUCAGCGAUUCCCGUACAAGUUCGUGUUCGUGACAGAGUUUUUGAGCGUUGUUCUGAGGUCAACUUCCUCUGCGUUCACAAGAAGUUACGUAGCAAGCGACUAACGCCUGUCCUUAUCAAAGAAGUCACUCGUCGUUGUCAUUUGAAGAAUAUCUGGCAAGCUAUUUACACCGCCGGAAUUGUGGUUCCCAGUCCCAUCAGUACGUGUAGAUACUUGCAUCGCAGCAUCAACUGGAAAAAGCUGUAUGACAUUGGCUUCUCCCCUCUUCCUCUUGGUUCAAGCGAAGAACGUGAAAUUGAACGUUUCGGUCUGCCUAAGAAGACUGAACUUCCCAACCUUCGUAGAAUGGAAGCAAAGGACGUGGAACAGGUUUGUGAUCUACUGACCCGAUUUUUGGAACGUUAUGAACUUGCCCAGCUGUUUACGCACAAAGAAGUUGAACACUGGUUGUUGUGUGGUAAUCCUGUUUCUAAGGGACCUGUUAUUUGGACCUACGUUGUCGAGGACCCAGAAACGAAGAAGAUCACCGAUUUCUUUUCAUUUUACUCUUUGCCUUCCUCCGUCAGUGGUAACCCUAAGUACAACCACAUUUCAGCGGCAUACUUGUUUUACUAUGCCACCGAAUCAUAUCCACGCGACGGUUCCGAUUCUGCUCAAGAAAAGUAUAUUCACCGUCUGAAGGAGCUUCUUCAAAGUGCCCUUAUUCUGGCCAACAAUUUUUGGAAUCCGAAUUUCUUCUUGCUUGAACAAAAGCAUCUUAUCUCUGCUAUUCAUUACGGCAAAGAUGUUCGGCAUUCUACAGUUACGAACCAUACAAUUCCUCAUCACUUUCACUUUUUAUAUUUCAAUCACCCCCGACGUCCACAACAAACAAAUCAAAACUUGUCAAAUCAUUUACGCGGUGUUUUUACCGUGUAA